GUAUGGUCCCUCAUUCUCAUACGUAGCAAGCUAGUACUUUUAUUCUUCUUAUUAAUUUGUUCAUUGGCUCCUUUCCUGGGUUCUUAGAUUAUUUGCUUGAUUGUUAAACUUUGAUCUAGCUAGGGUUUUCUGCAGAAGAAGAAGAAGAAGAAGAAGAUGCUGCUGCGCAAGUUUGUGGAGGCUGUGACAGGGAAGCAUGAUGAUGGGAAUGGGAAUGGAGAAGAGAAGAAGAUAAAGGGAAGAGUGGUGCUAACGAGGAAGAGUGAGCUGGAUUUCUUCAGUGGCUCCAUUAUGGAUAAUGUUCAUGAGCUGCUUGGCCAGAAGGUCUCUCUGCAACUCAUCAGUGCCGUCAAUGGCGACCCUCCUGCUGCAGGGAAAGGGUUGAGAGGGAAGCUUGGGAAGGCAGCUUGCUUGGAAGACUGGAUCACCACGAUAACCUUGCCAGGCCAUGGAGAUUCAGCUUUCGAUGUCGCCUUCGAUUGGGAAGAUGAAGUUGGGCUUCCAGGGGCUUUCCUCAUCCGCAAUCUUCACCACACUGAGUUCUACCUCAAGACUCUCACUCUCCACGAUGUUCCCGGCCAUGGCCGCCUUCACUUCGUCUGCAACUCCUGGGUUUAUCCCGCUCACCGCUACAAAAAGGAUCGCGUUUUCUUCGCCAAUCAGACGUAUCUUCCGCUUGAAACGCCGGCGCCACUGAUUCCGUAUAGAGAAGAAGAGCUCUUGAGCUUGAGAGGAGAUGGAAGCGGACAGCUCGAGGAAUGGGAUAGGGUUUACGACUAUGCUUACUACAAUGAUUUAGGCGAUCCCGACAAGGGCUCCGAUUACGCCCGCCCUGUUCUUGGAGGUUCCGACGAGUUCCCUUAUCCCCGUCGAGGAAGAACCGGCCGGCGGUUGACCGAAUCAGAUCCAGAAUCGGAGAGCAGGCUGCCGCUGCUGAUGAGCUUGAACAUAUAUGUGCCGAGAGAUGAGCGCUUUGGGCAUUUGAAGAUGUCGGAUUUCUUGGCUUAUGCCCUGAAAUCCUUAGCUCAGUUUCUUGUUCCUGAGUUUGAAGCUCUCUGCGACAUCACCCCAAAUGAGUUCGAUUCUAUCCAAGAUACGCUCAAGAUUUACGAAGGAGGAAUCAAGCUGCCUGAGGGCCCUUUGCUCGACAGUAUCAGGAAGAACAUUCCCUCUGAAUUGCUCAAACAACUUCUUCACACCGAUGGUGAGGGGUACUUCAGUUUCCCAAUGCCGCAAGUGAUCAGAGAGGACAAGAGUGCAUGGAGGACAGAUGAAGAAUUUGCAAGAGAAAUGCUGGCUGGACUCAACCCUCUUGUAAUCCGUUGCCUAAAAGAGUUCCCUCCAGCAAGCAGCCUGGAUCCUGAGGCCUAUGGGAAUCAAAGUAGUUCAAUAACUAGAGACCAUAUAAAAAAUAACCUAGAUGGCUUGACAGUAGAAGAGGCAAUUGAAAGCAGCAGGCUUUUCAUAUUAGAUCACCAUGAUGCUUUCAUGCCUUACCUGAGGCGGAUUAACUCGACAUCCACCAAGACUUAUGCCACGAGGACUCUCCUUUUCCUGCAAAAGGAUGGGACCCUGAAACCUCUGGCCAUAGAAUUAAGCUUGCCACAUCCACAGGGAGACCGGUUCGGUGCCAUAAACAAAGUGUACACCCCGGCUGAACAUGGAAUUGAAGGCUCAAUUUGGCAGUUGGCUAAAGCGUAUGCUGCGGUAAACGACUCUGGCUUCCAUCAGCUUAUCAGCCACUGGUUGCGUACUCAUGCAGUUAUCGAGCCAUUUGUGAUUGCAACCAAUAGGCAGCUCAGUGUGCUUCACCCAAUACACAAGCUUUUGCAUCCCCAUUUCCGCGACACGAUGAAUAUCAAUGCUUUUGCCAGGCAAACCCUCAUCAAUGCCGGUGGAAUUCUUGAGAGAACAGUUUUUCCAGCGAAGUACGCUAUGGAAAUGUCAGCCGUAAUCUACAAGAACUGGGCUCUUCCUGAUCAAGCUCUUCCUGCUGAUCUCCUCAAGAGAGGAAUGGCAGUGAAGGAUGCUAAUGCUCAACAUGGCCUCCGGCUAGUCAUAGAAGACUACCCUUAUGCAGUGGAUGGACUGAAAAUCUGGUCAGCAAUUGACACAUGGGUUGACGAAUACUGCAACUUCUACUACAAGAAUGACAACAUGGUUCAGGACGACUCUGAGCUUCAAUGCUGGUGGAACGAGCUGAGAGAGGUCGGCCAUGGCGACAAGAAAGACGAGCCCUGGUGGCCUAAAAUGCAGACACGAAAAGAGCUAAUCGACAGCUGCACCACCAUCAUAUGGGUGGCAUCUGCUCUUCAUGCUGCAGUCAAUUUCGGGCAGUACCCUUAUGCAGGCUACCUCCCAAACCGCCCCACCAUCAGCCGCAGGUUCAUUCCUGAGCUAGGCAGCCCCGAGUACGAGGAGCUUAAAUUGUACCCCGAAAAGGCUUUCCUGAAAACAAUAACAGCCCAGCUGCAAACUCUUCUCGGCAUUUCCUUGUUAGAGGUUUUGUCAGCACAUUCCACCGAUGAGGUUUAUCUUGGCCAGAGGGACACUGCUGAGUGGACAACUGAUUCAGAGCCAUUGGAGGCCUUCCAGAGGUUUGGAAAGAAGUUGGGUGAAAUUGAGGAAAGCAUCAUUGACAUGAACAAUGAUGAGAAAUUGAAGAACAGGGUUGGGCCUGUCAAGGUGCCAUACACACUGCUCUUCCCUACCAGUGAAGGUGGAAUCACAGGCAAAGGUAUUCCCAACAGUGUUUCAAUCUAAACCUGUUCAUUGGUAUUCAUAGAUCUCAGUUUCAAAAAAACCAUUUGUUUUGAUUAAUGUUGAUUUUAUUGAUUCUAUACCCAUAUGUAAUAUUUCAAAAAUAAGGCUGUGUAUCACUGAUUUCUCCCUGUGUAAUAAUAAUAAUAAUAAUAAUAUUCACCAAAGGAUUUAUUCAUCAA